AUGGGAUUCUUGGGAAAGAAAUGGAAGGAAUUGGUUUACACCCUGACCUCAAAUGAUAGAUAUGCCGGUUAUCACACAUCCAAGGCAGUGAACUCAUUGACUGAAUAUGACUCUGAAGGGGAAGAAGCUAAUGAUGCCAAGGAGAUACAGGACAAUAUACCGGUUACAGCAGAUGAAAAACAACAGGCACAACUUGUUUUGGAUGCCUGGCACAUUAUUGAAGAUGUUAUUAAUUUAGACAUGAAUAAUCCCGACCCAAAUAACAACCAUUUUACUUUAAACUCUAAAAAUAGCCAAAAUUAUGACUAUAACUAUGAUAUGGAUUUCAAUUUGGACUUGGAGGAGAUUCCUGAUGCCGAAGAUUUUAUGAAUUCUCUGUCAAGUCCUUGCACUUUCAAAGAUUUACAAGUUGCACAGAAACACCUUGGUGUCAAGUUCCCAUAUCCCGUGAUCAAAUAUUUCCAAACCCAUGACGGUCAGGAAGUUGCGCCAUCAUCGACAAAGAAGCUGGGCCUCAUGUACGGCCUACAGUUGCUCAGCUUGGCAGAAGUCAUAACUAUGACUAACUACUGGAGGAAAGUGGCACGCAAAGAGGAAAACUCAAAGGCAAGAUUAAAAGCUAAAGCAGACUCUAUUUCAAAUGACAGCAAAGAACGUCCAGGUUCAGACGAUAUUAUAAAUCCUCAAGAUGACGCUAUAAUUAACAAUGAUCCGAAUUUUAAGAUAGCUGCCAAAAUUAACGAAAUCACUGAAAACGAUUUGAAGAAUUACCCUGAUUUAAUGAGAAAUAUGUCAACACAUUCGAAAACUGACUACUUAAAGAAACUACCAAACCAAAAAUCAUUCCCAGCAAAUAAAGUUAAACUCCAAUAUGCUAGCGCAAAUUGGAUACCUCUUGUUACUGACAACGCGGGUAAUCAUAUAGCCAUUGAUUUAGAUCCAGAUGUGGACGGGAUGGUGGGGCAAGUGAUAAUAUUUGGUAGAGAUUACGAUACCAAAUAUGUAGUUGCAGAUAACUGGGGACAAUUUAUGAGCAAAUUUGCUUUGGACUUUGAAGAUCCAAGUAACUGUAAAUUAGAUUACGAUCCAGAUCUGGGUCAAUUCAAUUUGGUCUAUCUUGACCAAAGUGGGAAUGUAGUAGAUGGUGGUUACCUUGAAGUGCUCACUAGACGUGUAAAGGGUGAAAGGCUAUAA